UGUUGCAAACAACAGGAGCUUGAGUGUUGAAGUGAGAAUGAUAUGUAUAACCAUAGAUGUUUGUAUGCCACAAAAUAAUCCUCAAUUCUCCCCAACGAUGCAGCUCACAGCGUAAUCAUAACAAAGGGCGGGUAACUCCGUCCAGCAAUGUCCCCCCUGAGGAGGAGGGAGAUCAGCCACAGGAAGUUAAGGAGGAGGUUCAGGAGGGGGAGUGCAAUAUUGAGGAGGAGGCGGCUGAGGUUGUUGAUGUGUUUGAUGAGGAGACGGGGUCAAGACAGGCGAGAGGCCCGCCCCCUCUGCCUCAGAGGGACCACACCAGUACCUACACUCCAACAAGGGUAGAUCCCAGGAAUCAGAUAAGGGUGAGCUCGGCUCCUAGGAGCCAGUCAAGAAUGACCCCCGACACCAGGGAACAGGCCCCAACGAACUCUGGCCCCAGGCCCCAGGGAAGAAUAAACCCUGGUCCUCAGGGACAACCAGGUAUGAUCUCUGACUCAAGGAGCAACAGAGGAAUGAACUAUGACUCACCUAAUCAGGGAAGACAGAACGCUAGUCCUCAUAGUGCUCCAAAGAUGAAUGGUACAGUACACAACCAGGCAGUAUCAACCUCUACAAAUAAUACAACUCCCACAAGGGGUAGAGUGGGAUAUUCCAGUGUUCAGGACCGCCCCUUGCCCCACCCCCCAGUCAGUGUUCAGAACUCUCCUGCGGGAAACAGCCGGUCGUUUGUCACCAGUGACAGCAUCAAGAAGCUGUACAGCACUCCUCCAGACAAGCGCUUGUAUGCCACACAGGACGGUAUACGCCGGCUCUACAACCAAGACACCCCACCCAGCAAGGGGGUGUCCACUGGUGGUGUGUCGUCAGUGGGCAUGUCUACGGGGCGAAACCAGAACAUCCUCACCCCACUCUCCCAAAAUAUAAGUUCACAAAACUCUCAAAAUUACAACUAUAAUCAUUCUCCUGACAAAUCUGUACAGUAUGCGAGUUACUCAAGGGCAACCAACCGUGUGGGUGAUGCACGUGUUAACCGGGGCAUGACCACACAGAACAUGAUUGACAAGAGUGUGAUACCUCGGACAGUGUUAGACCCUGGUCAUAACCGUGAUCUGUGGACGGAGAUUUGAGUGCAACUUGGAUCUGAGGCGUCUUAGUGUCUGAAACACGUCAUAUUUCCUCUUGUUUUUCAUUUAAAAUGGACAAAAGAGGAAAAAAGUGUGAUUAGAAGAUAUCAGACGUAAAACCUUUUGAGGAGCAGUUAGUUCCUAUAGGUUCUGUAUAAACACCCUCGCUGUCAGCUGAUCAUGUCCUCAGGCUUUGUCUCUGAUCAAUUUUCAAAUUAAUUUUUCGUAAGCCUUCCAUUGGAAGUACAGACUCGUUGUAUAUGAAGUACUGUCGAAAAUACAGCAUGUCGAAAAUACAGCAUGUCGAAAAUACAGCCUGUCGACAGGUGUCCACUACAUAGUCCACGUGUUUUAACAUACCUCUGGUAAAAUGUUUGUGUUAUCAUAUACAAGGGAAGUAAGUACAUCAGAUAUGAAAUGUUGAAAAGAAGUCUAGAUUAUCUUAGGAUUUUUUUCUUGUGUGUAUUUCAUUUGAUAUAACAUCUAACAGCUAUGCAAUAUGUAUGAAUAUUUCUUUGGUUUAAUUGGAAAUUUAAUUGAGUUUUGUAUAUGACCUGACAACGUUAUCAGGAAUUAUAACCCAGUCUAAGACCAUGUCACCAGACGACUAUGCAUUUUGUCUUGCCAAAUGCACUGUGAUAGAAGUAAUGCUCAUGUAUAUAAUUUCAUUUGACAGCUCUGUAUAGUUAUUUUGCCCAAUAAACCACCAAAUAUUUGUCCUUUAUGAACAAAAAAGGUUUGAAACGUUGCCUGUAUUAGAUAUCUAUAUCUUACAGAUCUGUCUACUGCUUUAGCUUUCUUUAAUGCCAAAGUUAAAAAUAUUAAUUAACACUUUUAAAUUUGUUCCUCCCUCAACAUUUUCCCCAAAUUAAAAUAGUGACUUCAUUACUGGUCAGAUUCAAGUUUGUGCAUUUAUCUACACAAAUGUUCAAAACUCAUCACAUGUGACAUUGUUUACAAGUUUUGAAAAUGACAUAAUUGUAAUUCACCAAAUCAGUGUGUGAUUGUGGCCCCUAGCUUCACUGUUUCCAGGGAUCAAAUUAUUGACCCCUAUUUUCCCUGUCCUCAGGGAUCAAACCAUUGACAUCUAGCUUCCCUGUU